UAGGGAUUCUGAUAAUUUCCUCCUUAAUUAAUCUGUUUACCGAACUGAAUAAGCUAACUGUUCUAAAUAACUGCCAAGUUGCUGAUAUGUUCUGUAAGCAUUAAAUUUUGCCUUUAACUUUGCUUCUCCUCCGCUCCAUGGGUUGGCUGUACCUAGCAGGCAGCUGUGCGUGGCCCUGGGUGCUGCCUGUGCGGUAACAACGACAGCGGGGAUCCGCAGCACCUGGACCGCAGCAGGCGCUCUGACCAACAAAACGCUAACGUUUAGGCUCCCCUCGCUCCAGCCUUGCCUGCAGGAAGGGGAGGGUACGGCAGGUGGCGCCGCCGCCGCCAUGGAUGCCACUUUAGUGCCCGCCCCGCAACCCGGAACCGCUUCGCGACGCGGCGCCUUUCCGUUCCCUUCCGUUCCUGCAGCACGGGCCGCUGAGGCUGCCGCGCUGCUUGGAGCUCGAGGCGUGAUGGCGGUGCCGGCGACCUCCGCGACGCCGCCGAAGAAGAUCGUAGCACCCACCGUGUCGCAGAUUAACGCGGAGUUCGUCACACAGUUAGCAAAUAAAUAUUGGGCUCCCCAUGCGAAGAAAAAACUGUCUUUUGAUUCAAAGGUUAUUGAAGAUGUAUAUGCAAAAGAAAUUGUCAAAUCAAAGUUUGCAAUUAGAAAGAUAAUGCUUCUGGAAUUCAGCCAGUACCUUGAAAAUUACCUAUGGAUGAAUUAUUCUCCAGAGGUGUCCAGUAAGGCAUACUUAAUGUCAAUCUGCUGUAUGGUGAACGAGAAGUUCAGAGAGAAUGUCCCUGCGUGGGAGACAUUCAAAAAGAAGUCAGAGCACUUUCCCUUCUUUUUCAAAUGCAUCCUGGAAGCAUCACUGGUUGAGGAUGACGACGAAUUCUCUCUACAUGAACAGACAGUUCUCCUACUUUUCCUUGAUCAUUGUUUCAAUAGUUUGGAAGUGGAUUUGAUAAGAGGUCAGGUGCAGCAGCUCAUUUCCUUACCAAUGUGGAUGGCUCUACAACCUAAACGACUGGAGCAAGAGCUGAAAAAGACACCAAAACUAAGAAAAUUCUGGAAUCUAAUUAAGAAAAAUGAUGAGAAAAUGAGCGAGGAGGCAAGAAUGCAAGCAUAUCGAGAGAGAAGAUUUCUUUCACAGCUCAUUCAGAAAUUCAUUUCUGUGCUAAAAUCAAUACCUGUCUCAGGUCCUAUUUCUAUGGACAAAGUUCAUUAUUGUGAGAGAUUCAUUGAACUCAUGAUCGAUCUUGAGGCUUUGCUUCCCACACGACGCUGGUUUAAUACAGUGUUGGAUGACUCCCAUCUUGUUGUUCACUGUUACCUGUCAAGUCUUGCCAAGAGAGAGAAGGAGGGUCAUCUCUUCUGCCAGCUUUUAGAUAUGCUUAAAUUCUACACUGGCUUUGAAAUCAAUGAUCAAACUGGAAAUGCUUUGACAGAGAAUGAGAUGACAACGAUUCACUAUGACAGAAUUACUUCUUUACAGAGAGCAGCAUUUGCACACUUCCCGGAGUUAUAUGACUUUGCGCUCUCAAAUGUAGCUGCAGUAGAUACUCGUGAUGCACUGGUGAAGUUAUUUGGACCACUCAGCUCAAAUGUACUCCACCAGGUGGCAUCGUACCUCUGCUUGCUGCCUUCCCUUCCAGAAGGGAAUGAUACCAGCUACGAGAAGGAGUUUCUACUAGAGCUGCUGGUUUCCCGUCAUGAGAGACGAAUAUCUCAAAUUCAGCAACUCAAUCAGAUGCCUCUUUAUCCCACAGAGAAGAUUAUUUGGGAUGAAAAUAUUGUCCCAACUGAAUAUUAUUCUGGAGAAGGCUGUCUUGCACUUCCCAAACUGAAUCUACAGUUUCUGACUCUUCACGAUUACUUGCUAAGGAACUUCAAUCUGUUUCGCUUAGAGUCGACUUAUGAGAUCAGACAGGACAUUGAAGAUAGCGUCAGUAGGAUGAAACCAUGGCUGUCAGAAUAUGGAGGUGUGGUCUUUGGUGGAUGGGCUAGGAUGGCACAGCCCAUUGUGUCUUUCACAGUGGUGGAGGUUGCAAAGCCCAAUAUUGGUGAAAACUGGCCCAUGCGAGUACGAGCGGAUGUCACAAUUAAUUUGAAUGUUAGAGAUAGCAUCAAAGAUGAAUGGGAAGGUCUACGGAAACAUGAUGUCUGUUUUUUGGUUACGGUACGUCCCACACAACCUUAUGGCACUAAGUUUGACCGAAGACGACCUUUUGUUGAGCAGACUGGCCUUGUGUAUGUUAGAGGCUGUGAAAUCCAGGGCAUGUUGGAUGAGAAGGGACGUGUUAUUGAAGAGGGACCUGAACCCAAACCAAGACUUAAAGGCGAUUGCAGAACAUACAGAGUAUUUCUGGACCCAAACCAGUAUCAACAAGACAUGACCAAUACAAUUCAAAAUGGAGCAGAAGAUGUAUACGAGACUUUUAAUAUAAUAAUGAGAAGAAAACCAAAAGAAAACAAUUUCAAGGCUGUUCUGGAAACUAUUAGAAAUUUGAUGAACACAGAUUGUGUGGUUCCCGACUGGCUACAUGACAUCAUUCUUGGAUAUGGAGACCCAAGUAGUGCACACUAUUCAAAAAUGCCAAAUCAGAUUGCAUCUCUAGAUUUUAAUGACACCUUCCUGUCCAUUGAUCACUUAAAAGCUAGCUUUCCUGGGUACAAUAUUAAAGUGACUGUUGACAAUCCUGAACUACAAGUACCUCCCUUCAGGAUAACUUUCCCAAUAACAGGAGGUAAAGGAAAGAAAAGAAAAGAGGAUGGGAAUGAAGAAAAAUCUGAAGAAGCGAAAACACUGAUUGUAGAGCCUCACAUCAUUCCAAACAGGGGACCUUAUCCAUAUAAUCAACCAAAACGCAAUACUAUUCAAUUUACCCAUACUCAGAUUGAAGCUAUACGUGCAGGAAUGCAACCUGGACUAACUAUGGUAGUAGGUCCACCUGGUACAGGGAAAACUGAUGUUGCAGUCCAGAUAAUAUCCAAUCUCUAUCAUAAUUUCCCAGAACAACGAACUCUUAUAGUUACCCAUUCUAAUCAGGCCUUGAACCAGCUGUUUGAAAAAAUCAUGGCUCUAGACAUUGAUGAGCGCCACCUUCUGCGCCUGGGUCAUGGAGAAGAGGAAUUAGAGACAGAGAAAGAUUUCAGCAGGUAUGGAAGAGUGAAUUAUGUUCUGGCUCGAAGACUUGAACUCCUGCGAGAAGUUGGGCGAUUGCAAGAGAGUCUUGGUGUCCCAGGAGAUGUUUCUUACACUUGUGAAACAGCUGGCCACUUUUUCUUAUACCAAGUAAUGUCUCGUUGGGAAGAAUAUAUCAGCAAAGUGAAAGUUAAAGGUGGAAAAUUACCAGAUGUUACAGAUGUGUCCAGUUUCUUUCCCUUUCAUAAGUAUUUUGCAAAUGCUCCUCAACCAAUUUUCAGAGGCAGAUCCUAUGAAGAAGAUAUGGAGAUUGCUGAAGGGUGUUUUAGACAUCUAAAGAAAAUCUUCACUCAACUUGAGGAAUUCAGAGCAUUUGAACUUCUCCGCAGUGGCCUGGAUAGAUCCAAAUACCUGUUGGUGAAAGAAGCAAAAAUCAUUGCUAUGACUUGUACCCAUGCCGCUCUGAAACGACAUGACCUGGUUGAAUUAGGCUUCAAAUAUGACAACAUCUUAAUGGAAGAGUCUGCACAGAUUCUGGAGAUAGAAACCUUUAUACCUCUCCUGUUACAGAACCCUCAGGAUGGAUUCAGUCGUUUGAAGCGGUGGAUUAUGAUUGGUGACCAUCACCAGCUGCCACCAGUCAUUAAGAACAUGGCUUUUCAAAAAUACUCCAACAUGGAGCAGUCCCUCUUCACGCGGUUUGUUCGUGUUGGAGUGCCGACUGUUGAUUUGGAUGCACAAGGAAGAGCAAGAGCGAGUUUAUGUAAUCUCUACAACUGGCGUUAUAAAAAUCUGGGUAAUCUGCCUCACGUGCAACUUAUGCCAGAGUUCAGAACAGCCAAUGCUGGGUUUUUAUAUGACUUCCAACUUAUAAAUGUAGAAGACUUCAAUGGUGUGGGAGAGUCUGAACCCAAUCCUUAUUUCUAUCAGAAUCUUGGUGAAGCAGAAUAUGUUGUGGCACUUUUCAUGUAUAUGUGCCUGCUUGGUUAUCCUGCAGACAGGAUAAGUAUCCUAACAACAUACAAUGGACAGAAACAUCUGAUCCGAGAUGUCAUUAACCAGCGUUGUGGAAAUAAUCCAUUGAUUGGACGGCCAAACAAGGUAACAACUGUGGACAGAUUUCAAGGUCAACAAAAUGAUUAUAUUCUCCUUUCAUUAGUGCGUACCAAAGCUGUAGGCCACCUUAGAGAUGUCCGACGAUUAGUCGUUGCCAUGUCAAGAGCCAGGCUUGGGCUUUAUAUCUUUGCAAGAGUAUCACUCUUUCAGAACUGUUUUGAGCUAACUCCAGCUUUCAGCCAGCUCACAGCUAGACCACUUCACCUCCAUAUAAUUCCCACAGAAUGUUUUCCAGCAGCAAGACAGAAUGGGGAACCGCCUACUCACCAAAUACAUGUUAUCAAGAAUAUGCCUCAAAUGGCUAACUUUGUUUACAACAUGUAUAUGCACAUGAUACAGAGUACACGCCACUACCAACAGCGUUUAUUGCCUCCACCUGCCAUGAUUGAAGAGCCUGAAACUACACAAACUCAAGAGUCUGAAGCGGAAGUUGAAGUGCAGGGUAUUCAGGAAGAUGCAGAAGAAGAAAAUAAGGUAGAAGAAGAAAUGGUAAAGGAAGAAUUGAAAGUAUCAGAAGUGGAUGAACAUCGAACAAUGCCAGAACACCCUGGAAGAGACAGUGAUAGUGAAGACAGUGAACCUGAGGAUGAGAAUGAAAAGUGAUCCAAGUGAUGUUCGUUCACUUACUUAUUCUGGAAAACAAAUGGGAAAAUGCAGUUAGAAAUAUGAUUGCUAUUUUUACAUUGACUCUUCUUAAAUGAUUUCAUGUGUGAUGUAACCUUGUUUCCUUAUUUUCACUGAAUGCUUUUUGGGCAAAAAAGAUGAUUGGCAGUCAUUCUACUGAGUUCUUGUCAGUAUCAGUAAUGUAAUUUGUUUGUUCACCACAAAUGAUAUACAUAAGUUUUUUAGUAAAGAUACUUUUACACAAAUUUGGAUUUUUUUUCUUAAGCCUUUAAUUCAGUUCAUGAGUUAGCUGUUAAACUUCACUGAUUACCUAUAUUUAGUAUUAAUCAGACACUGUGGUUUGCUUAAUAUUUUGCAGUGGAUAAUUUUUUACCUGGUACAGUGUUUAUAUACACUGAGAUGAUGUUGUAGGUUUUGGCUUGAGUUUAGUAAGCUGUUUAUUUGCAAGUUUGAGAAAUGGAAAUUACUUGGUUUUCAAAUGUUGCAGUUCUGAAGUUGCCAGAAGAAUUUCUUCACUAAACUGGUCAGAAAUUCGUUAGCUCACAAGCUUUUAUUACCAUGUUUGAAGAUAUUUAUCACAGAAUUGCAGGUUUCAGAAGGAUCUCAAGAUUGAGUCCAACUCCCCUGCAGGUACACUACAAUAGGUUGCACAGACCCAGAGGGAUCUUGAAUAUUCUUUUAAGUUUUUAUUAACACAAAAAAGAACUACUGCUAUUUGACUGAAAUUGUGUUAUUUCAUUACUUGUUCUGAGUGAAAGAUAAUGUAAAUUCUUUGCCAUUGGAGGACAAACAGCAAUGUGUAUAAUACUAGGAUAGUAAGCUUUAUUUGGUAACAUUCAUGUGUUCAAGCAGGGCAGAAUAAUACUAGGCCUUCAAGCAACAUACGGCAAGCUCAGCUGACGUCUGUCAUCUCUGUUUUCCAAACCAUUUUUACAAAUAUCUGAGCCAGGCAAUAAUUUGGAAAAAAAAUUAGUAAAGGAUUCUGGAGGAGUUUUUGUCUAAAAUGGAUGGUUUAAUUGACAGGGAUUCCAUCAAUAAAUACUACAGGGAAAAAGCAACCAAAUCUGGAAGAGUCUGUAAAGAUGUAGAUUUGUAUAUGGUUUGCAGUGUAAUCUUUCUGUUGGUGUAUUAGCACACCUAGCCUAUGUAAUACUGUGUUCCAUGUGCGAGCCUAUGUAUCUGGUCCCUUCUGACUCACGGGAUCCUCUUGGAACAGCUAUGUUGAAGUCAAAUGUGUUGCCCUAAAACGGCAAGCAGUGUUGUAAUGGAGCUCGUUGCUGACUAGCACAAGAGCAGAAGCAACUGAAUCAAAAGCAAUUGCAAAAACAUUACAGCUUUAAUACAUACUUUUCUGAAGGACCAAGCAUUGCCUAUACUAGAGAUGGAAAGUUUUGCUGAGUUGACUUAAGCUGAGCAGGUCAUUGCUGCUACUUUCCACGUACUGAACUUUACACUUUUCAGUGAUGCGAAAGUGUUUUCAAAUGUGGGAAGUCAUGUUUACCAUGUAGCAGUGGUUAGAAAGUUCUUUGUAUUUGUGGAAUACAAGGUUAAGUGUAGUGGCUUUUUUUUUUUUUUUUUUUGUAAAUGUUCUGCAUUUAAUUUUUGGUAAAGGAUGAACUUUGUUUUUCACACCAAAAUAUGUUUAGUUUUGGUGUUUUAUUGACUCUUCUUUGCAAGAAAGAAGUAAAACAGCCUAAAAGUUUGUCAAGGGGGGAAAGAAUCCAAGCUAGAGGUCUUAAUGAGCAGUUUACCCUAUGAUGACAUGUAUUAGCCUGCUCCGAAUUUGCAUUAAUUCUGCUGUAUGUGUUGGAUAAGGUUCUAACUUUUUCCAAAAGGUAAAAAAGCAUCCUGCCACUUCACCUCCUUCUGAGAAAGGGUCUUUGCUGUUUCAUCAGACAUAAAAGGAUAUCAGUCCUCAAGGAAAGUAUCCUGAUGAGGACUAGAAGUUAAGAUUGCUGACAGGAAGAGUCAUUUUAUUCUUUGAAAUCAGACAUUUAAAAAAAAAAAAAAUGCAGUUGAUGUUGCUCACUUUACUGGAUAAACAACACAUACAAUUCUAUUAAAACAAAAAUUAGAUGACACUUGGAAAGUCGUAGAGCAAGCUGACAAAAGUAAAUGUCCUAGCCAACAAAUGAAUCAUAACCCACAGCAGUCAAGAAUCUGUGAAUGCCAUUAAGACAUAUGGCAGUGUAGUUCCCUUUGCCAAACAUGGUAGUCCUCCUUGCAGAAUCAAUCAAUACAAAAUUAAUGUGUUCAGGGUAGUUUUGGAGGCUGUUUACGUGUUUCCUGUUACAUGGCUUUUCAGUGUAGUUUUCUUAGAGUCUUUUUUCUCAGGAUUGAUUGGUUAAGUACCAGACAAAAGAAAAUCUCUGUGCUGUAGUACUAAUAAAAACAUUUUAAAAUAAAGCUAUUAAUAUUGUGAAUUUAAAAAUAACUUCCUUAAAGGAUUUCAGCUCAGCAUCCUCUGUUAAGUCCAUGUAUUUGCCUAAUUUUUAUGUAGGUUCUGAAAAGGUACAAUUCUCAGCUCUCAGAAAUUAAAUUCUUCCUUACCCAUAGAUGUAUCUACACAAUCAUUACCUAAAAUGGAUGCAAGAGGAAGAAUCAAUAGCUGUAAUGCUACUUGCUCUCUGUAAGUAGUUGUUUCAGAAAACUAAAUACUACUAUUGGAAUGAGAAAAUGAUCUUUUCCUCCCUCCCAUAGUAGGUAACAAGGGCAGAUUAUUUCUCCAGGCCUUGCUCUGGAAUGGCUUUAAUCAGCUUAAUCUAGCCCAUAUCAGAGGUAAUGUAAUAUAGUGCUAUCGAGAAAAACAGUUGCAUUUAAUUUAGCUUCCAUCAUGAUUUUCAUUCACCUUGAAAAAAGAAAAAUGACGAGGAUCUUUGAAUCAACUAAUAACAUCAAUGUAAUGCAGAGAAGCCCAUUGCUUUACUGUUAAUGUCUGGGAAAAAAAAGGUAAAAGCAAAAUAAGAGUUACUUUAGCUAUGAGUAAGAAACUUUCCAGAGUUCAGGCGUUAUCUCUUUGCUUGAAAAACAAACAGUAUCAGAACAAACAGUGUGUUUCUGUAUGCAUGUAUAAUUAACUUUUAGGAAAACGUAGGUGUAAGCGAAAAGUUGAGCUGACUGUUGGCAGUUAUAUAGUUCAUCUAUAAUGUCACUGAAAAAGUAUAUACAUAGCUAUAUAUAGGAUAUAUAUACAGAUAAAGUGUAUGUUUGCCUAAUGAAACAUUAGAAGUUUGCAAUUCCAGAGAAUACCAUAAAAGAGUAAGCUAGUGAUCCAAAUAAGGGUCAGGAAUAUAUCAGUCUUGGCACUGUUUGUAAGAGAUAAAAAGAAGCCGCCUUUAUUGCAUUUAUCAACUGUGAAUUCCUAAAUUGCCACAGUCCAGUGUAAGAGAAGCCCUGCUACACAUCCAGAGACGCUUCAGCAUCCUGCUGUGCUAGUCUGACAUCUCUUGUAUGUCAAGAGCACUUAUUUUUAGAUGGGACAGUCAUUAGGGACAUAAUGUAUUGUAACUACUGCAGAGAAAGUAGUCUAGGGGCAGCAGAAGCGGAUUGAGAGAAGCUCAGUACAAAGACACUAAGAUUCUGUUUCUGACCUUAAUCCACAGCAGUACAGACUUGCCCUAUUUUUGGGAGUGAUUUUUGGCAGCAGCAAUCAUGUUCUAUUGGGAAAUACCAUGUUUUCUAAAAUGAGAAAUUCCAUGUUUUGCAUGCUGAGUCAGAGAGAGGAGAAAGCGCCUUACCAGUAAUCCUCUUUAGCUUGAGGGCACAUGUGAGAGCACUGAAACAAGACUUAGGGAAAAAGAAAAGCCCAAGUGUAGAAGAGUUGUCUUACUAUUUGUCGUGGCUUGGGCUGGGAUAGGGUUAAUUUUCGCUCUAGAUGUUCAUAUGAAGUUGUGAUAAGGAUCUGUGAUGAAAAGAGUGGUGAUAACACACUGGUGAUUUUAGUUGUUGGAAAGCGGUGCUUACACAGCCAAGGACUUUUCUACUUCUGUUUUCAUAGACUCUGUUUUUCAACUCUCUUGAUCUCUAACAUACUAUGAGUAAACGUUGUUCCUACAUACAUAGAUACUUCAGUGAUGGGGCUAUUGUCCUAGAAUGCUCCUUGUUCCUGUGGUGUUCACCCACCAGCUCUAUCAUUUUGAGCUCUGCAGUGAAAUGAGACACAAAGGACUGCUGCUGGUUCUGACUCAUUUUGCUUGGUUUUUGAUCCUAUGCACAGUCGCUUUCUGCAACACCAAGCUGUAACACAUACCCUUAUUAACUGGACAGAAGAAUUUAGCAAACAUGGGUUUAAAUGCUCCAUAUAAAUUCAGUAUUUAUAUGAAUACACGAGAUCUUGUGUAUCAGUAAAUUUGCAGGUUUGUCCUGCAAAUUCAAAAUUCAAAUUAAAAAAAAAACCUUCUAUUUGGAUUUGUUUUACUGUAUUUAGUAAUGAUGUCUUACAGUGUUCCAAGAUGAAUAUAAUGGAAUGAAAAACCAAUGUAAGUUAUUGUUGAUGAUCUUGUACAAUGUUGGAGAAGGUUUAAGAGAACAACCUGUCUGAAUUCCACCAAUGAAGGUGAGUACUAGAGGAGAGCAUGUUCUAUCCAAACUCAUGAGGAACUGAGUCGAGAAUUUUCAUAUUACUUUUCCUAGGCCAUAGCUAGAAAUGCUCAGUUAACCUAUAUACAAAUAUAACUUUAUCUGGGUAUGGGAUGUCUCAAUCUCAAAUGCUGAUUUCAGGGUCCAGUCUGUAGCUAUUCCGUCUGUUUCAAAAGAAUUACUAGAGUACAGUGAUUCCAUGAGAGUACUGGAGGGACUCAAUGCUAAAAACACAGCAAGAAUCCUGGGAUCUCCAUUAGUGCAUUCAUUUGUUAUGGAUGCCUUUAGCCUUAACCUCAACUGCUUCCAUCAAAUAACUUCCCUUGUGGCACCUGUCUCCCCCUUAAGCUGCCUUUCUCCUAUAAGAAGGUAGAGAACAAACUACUGUUCAUAACUCCUCAUACUCAUUCAAGAAAAAAACUGGUUUUCUCAAGUCAGCCAGUUAAGUACUAAGCAGGAAUCUUCCCUCUGCUCUUCAUCAUCUGGCAUGAGUUCAUGAUCACAGCCUACUGGUCACUGGACCUUUUUCUUCCUACUCAGUAACUUUUAGCUGGCUGAGUGUCUCUGCUUUUUGCUGCUGUAUUUUUGCGAUCUGGUUGCAUUACAGGGAGUUGAGGGGAAAGACACAUCCCGAUACUGUAUGCCUGUGAAAGAUGUAAUGUGAAAAGCACUGUCCAUGUAAGUAGAAAUAUGUAUUAAGAUAAUCUGCCUAAACUGCCAAACUGCUGGUAACCUAGUUUGUUGCUUCCAAUUCUGAAUUUAGGCCACAUACAUCAAUGUCUCCCAUAGAACCUGACAGGAUUAGGUGGGAGCAAAGUCUCAAAAGCCUUUUUUUUUUUUUUUUUUUCUUUCCCCCAGGUCCAAAUCUACAUUGCAUAGAUAAGAGCAGAUUAAGAAAAUGCAGUACAUGGUGCAGCACCCUUUUCAAAUCAGUUAUCUUGGAGACAUAAACAACUAGAAUGAUUUUUUUGGUAACUCUCAGAAAAAUCUUGAACAUAUUCAUCGUGUUUCUAUUAAAUUUUGUGGGCUAUCUAGAUACUAAAAUCUGCUCAGAAUAGGAAAGUCAUUCAAUGGAACACCACAGACUAUUUUCCCUUCUUUGUCUGGCUUGAAGCCAGAUUUAGGACAGCUUGGAUACAUUAGCACCUGAGAUGUCUGCAGACAGUUUUAAUUAGCUGUUUACCUAGUUGGUUCAUGAAAGAUGAUAGGAGAUUGAGCACUAAUUCUCAAGAUUAUUUCAGUGACUACGUGCUUACAGUGAAGAUUUGCCUGUUAGUUUUGUACUGGGUGAGAAACAAAGCAACAAAAUUAAGCACCUGUGUAUCAAAGAUGAGAUUGAAGAUAUAAUACUAGUGUUUGGCUAUGUCCUGGGCAAUUUCUUUACUUGAAUUUGCUCUUCAGCGUAAGUUCACUGGCUGUUUAAAGCUUCAGCCGGCUUACCUGCAGUGUUAAAACUGGGAACUACUGGGCACUGAUACAGUUAUAUUUUUAACCUUUUUCAGUUACAUUUCCAACGGUCACAAGGGUGCUGGCAGCAGGUGGUGCUGAAGGGAGCAGAGGGUAAGAGACUAAGCAGAGAAAGUGUACACAUUUCCAUCUCUGUGAGCAGAAAGUCUACACCAGGUUCCAGAUGAUGAACUGCAAUUGCAUAGUAUGGGGAUCCUUUUGGUUCAUUGUGCUGCUGUUUCUUGGCUGGCCCAUAAGCAUAGCCUUGUGUGCCCUCCAUGGAUUCCUUUCUCCUCUUGCUACUUUAAUAGGACUGGAUGAAUUAAGUGAAGUACUACUGAAGGGCGCAUGUCUGGGGAGGCAGUGUGCUCAGAAUAAGUGUUAUAAGGUGAAAAACCUAGAAGGCAGCUUGAAGAGUUUUGAUUGAUGACAUGGAUCUCUGUGGCAUCUGGAAAGUGGCCUUGACAGUAAAAGAGAAUUUUGCCAAAACUGUAA